AUGAUUCAAGAACUCUUAUCUGCUGUUGUGGAAGAGAGGAAGUUCUCAUUCCCAGGCGGAGGUCGUCUUGUAUCUGACGAUGCUCCUUCUCCCUUCCUCUACUCUACGUCCACAGCCACCACCUUAUCUCCUUCUUCUUCUUCAUCUACCAUACAGCCUUCUUCCUCUCCAUCACCAUCAACAGCGUCUGAGCCGCCUCAGCAAAAGCUGAGGUGCCCACGAUGCGACUCCUCAAACACCAAAUUCUGCUACUAUAACAACUAUAACCUCACGCAGCCGCGCCACUUCUGCAAGACUUGCCGCCGUUAUUGGACCAAAGGCGGCGCCCUUCGCAACGUCCCUAUUGGUGGCGGGUGCCGCAAGGCCAAGCCGGUUCCAAUCGUCGCCGGCAGCGGGAAGUCUGGUGGUGGGAGCAAGCCUAACAAGCAAAUUCCUUCCCUUGAUGCCAUUGCUCGGGCCGGGUUCGGGUUCGAACCCGAGCUCUUCCAGCCCAGUCCAAUUCUAUGGACCGGGCCGACGGCGCCAACCCCACCGCCCCACACUUCCCAUCUUCUCGCUCUUCUGCGCGCUGGCGGAGGGGCUGCCAUCCGAAGUUUUGAACCCAGUCCUCUUAGCAGCCUUAGCUCCAUUAGAAUCAAGGAGGAAGGUAUGAUGGCCGAGCCCACAGGAGUCGGGCUGGGACUGAACGGCCUGAAUUUGGACCCAUUGGGUCAGUUCUCGAGUGCCGCUGGGAUGGGUUCUCUGUGGAGGAAUGAAGGGCAGAUGCCAUAUCUCCAGCUUCAGGAGAAUGGUUCGCCAUUUGGGGAUGCGGCGGCAGCCGCUGGAAUUCAGGAGCUUUACCAAAAGCUGCGGCCGCAAGCUUAUUGCAAUGAUCAGUUGAGCAUUGCCAUGAGCAAUGGUUGGUCAGCUCCCGGAUGUUCUUCUUUGGCAACUUCUGCAACAUUGACUAGUAGUAUUGGUGGUGGAGGGGGGAGUUCCAAUUCAGCUGUGGCUGGUGCUGAGCCAGCCAUGGGAGGUGAAUUCGGAUAUUGGAAUCCAGCAUUCUCAUCAUGGUCUGAUAUGUCGAGUACAAAUUAA